UUUGAGAUAUUUGUACAAAAUAUUGUGAACUUUUUUUCUAACGGUACGGUACGGUGUCUGUAAAAUAAGUAGUUUAUGCUGGUUGUUUGUAAUGAUAAGGUUGACAUUUGCAACGAUAAAUACUAACUAAGAGCAUCGUAUUUAUACAGCCUCGGUAUUUUAGUACAAGUCAUCACAGCGAUCGGACGCAAGAUGUUGCUUUAUGUAUUUCAAUGCGCAUUUUAUUUUUUCACGUGUGCUGUUACCGUAUUAUACUUUUUCUUCCGUCAUAAAUAUGGAUAUUGGAAAAAACGUGGCGUGUCUUAUGAGAAGCCGACCAUGUUCGUCGGUAACUUAUCAUUCCUCAUGAGGACAAGCAUAUCAGAAGCUUUCCUUGCGCUGAAUCAAAAAAACAAGCGUGAUUACUUGGGGAUAUACCUGUCAUGGAAACCGACGCUCAUAAUCCAGUCCAAGGAGUACGCGAGACAAAUUUUAGUGAAGGAUAACGAUUGUUUCGUGGAUAGAUAUAGCUACAGUGGACGGGCAGAAGACCCCUUGGGCUCAUUGAAUUUAUUUUCUCUUAAGAGUCCAGUUUGGAAACAAAUGAGAGCAGACAUCACCCCAAUGUUCACAACUAUGCGUCUGAAGGGACUCACAGAACUCAUGAAUCUGAAUUCCGUCGAGCUAGUCAAUAAGAUACAGCGCGACUACAUCGCCCAUAACAAACCUGUCGAUGUAAAGACUAUCUUUGGCAUGUACACGUCUGAUACCGUAGCUUUUACCGUUUUUGGCAUUCGAGUAAGCGCCUUGAAGGAAGGGUCUUCGCCACUUUGGACCAUCACCGGCCCUAUGAUGGAAUGGACACUGAAGAGAGGCAUCGAGUUCUCUACUAUCCUACUUAUUCCUUUCAUAGCUAAGACAUUGAGGCAAAAGCUCUUCUCACAAGAAGGAACAGACUACGUACGAAAACUAUUUUGGAAUGUUGCCGGUGAGCGUAGAAAGACGGGAAAAUCCAGUGACAAAGAUCUUGUCAAUCAUUUAUUAAAACUAAAAGAUAAUUUGAAGCUGCCUGCUGGAUCCGGCGCCCAAUUUGCUGAUGAUCUGAUGUUGGCACAAGCUGCUUUGUUCAUAUUCGCUGCCAUUGAAACCUCGUCUAUAACACUUCUGCACUGCCUGCAUGAACUGUCUCAUAAUCCUGAUAAGCAGGAAAAAUUGUUUAAUGAAAUUGAUAAAACCAUGAAAUCAAGUGGCAAAGAGGUAUUGGGCUACGAAGAACUAGCAAGCAUUAAAUAUCUUACUGCGUGCAUACAGGAAACAUUGAGAAAAUAUCCUCCAGUACCGUUUUUGGACAGGUUAUGCAAUAAGACAGUCAAACUGAAUGAUGAGGUGACCAUUGAGAAGGGCACGCCGGUGUUUGUGAAUGUGAUUGGAAUCCAUCACAACGAGGAUUAUUUCCCCGAGCCCGGGAAGUGGCUUCCCGAGAGGUUUGACGGCAAAAGCGAAACUGACAAUCUAGACUUUACAUUGCUUCCGUUCGGCGAAGGGCCUAGAAACUGUAUCGGUCUACGUUAUGGGCUGAUGCAAGUACGCAGCGCUAUCGCCCACAUGUUGCCUAAGUACAAGCUUGAGCCAGUAGAACCGUAUAAAAUAAACGCUGAUCCUUACAACUUCCUAUUGUCGCCCAAAUCUGGUUUCAGUAUGAGGUUCAUCCCCCGAUAAAUAAACGCCGAAAGUGUUAAUGUAAAUAUUAUGUAUGAUAUUAAUAAAAGAAUUUUACCACUUU